AACGGUACCGCUUUGGUGCGUACGGGACUUGCGGGAGUAUGUUCAUGGGUGGGUAUCAGCGAAGAAACGAAAUGAUAAGCCAGUGACAAGUGGAUUAUUUGGUUCGGUACAAAGUGGAUAAUGUAGGUCGGAUAUAGUGAUUUGUUUUAGUGAAUAGUUGGAUUUUUGUUGGAAAUCGGUGUGGCGGCGUCGGCUGCUGGAUAUUUGUUGCAUUUCAGUUGGAGAAACUGUGAUUUUCGGGUAGAUUUGUAGUGUUCUGUGACUGUUGAUUGUUCGCGAUGGCUGAAGCUGCUGGUGCUGCGAGCAGCAACCCGAACGCGGAGAUCGUGCGGGGGCAGGUGUUCGAGGUGGGCCCGCGCUACACCAACCUCUCCUACAUCGGCGAAGGGGCCUACGGAAUGGUUGUGUCAGCAUACGACAACAUGAGAAAAGCAAAAGUGGCAAUUAAAAAGAUAUCGCCGUUUGAACAUCAGACGUACUGCCAGCGGACCCUGCGGGAGAUCAAAAUCCUCACCAGGUUUAAGCAUGAAAAUAUCAUUGACAUUCGGGAUAUUCUGCGGGCAGACUCAAUCGACCAAAUGAAGGAUGUCUACAUAGUGCAGUGUUUAAUGGAAACGGACCUUUAUAAACUGUUAAAAACACAGAAACUGAGCAACGACCACAUCUGCUACUUCCUGUACCAGAUCCUGCGCGGGCUGAAGUACAUCCACUCGGCCAACGUGCUCCACCGCGACCUCAAGCCGUCGAACCUGCUCCUCAACACCACCUGCGAUUUGAAGAUCUGCGACUUCGGCCUGGCGCGCGUGGCGGACCCGGACCACGACCACACGGGCUUCCUCACGGAGUACGUCGCCACGCGCUGGUACCGCGCGCCCGAGAUCAUGCUCAACUCCAAGGGCUACACCAAGUCGAUCGACAUCUGGUCGGUGGGGUGCAUCCUGGCGGAGAUGCUGUCCAACCGGCCCAUCUUCCCGGGCAAGCACUACCUGGACCAGCUCAACCACAUCCUGGGCGUGCUCGGCUCGCCCAGCCAAGACGAUCUGGACUGCAUCAUCAAUGAGAAGGCGCGAGGCUACCUGGAGUCGCUGCCGUUCAAGCCGCGCGUGCCGUGGCCGGACCUGUUCCCCGGCGCCGACGCCCGCGCGCUGGACCUGCUGCACCGCAUGCUCACCUUCAACCCGCACAAGCGCAUCACGGUGGAGGAGGCGCUCGCGCACCCCUACCUCGAGCAGUAUUACGACCCGAAUGACGAGCCCGUCGCCGAAGAGCCCUUCCGAUUCGCGAUGGAGCUGGACGACCUGCCCAAGGAGACCCUCAAGCAGUUCAUCUUCGAGGAGACUCUACUCUACAAGCAGGCGAACGAGGCGUAGACACCAGCAAGCAGGACCCGCCGCGCCGCCCGUGCGCCGCCGCCGCGCCGGCCACCCAGCGCUGGCGACUAAUGUAGCUAGAGAGGUCCAUCAUACUAAUAAAUGACACUCCAAAUUUUGCCCGACAACAGAAAAUUCCCAUUUCAUACUCCAAUUUCACCGAGAGCCCUUUGUUUAAUUACAGCUUUGUCGGAACAAGUUGCACAACAGAUUGUCCUCGCUGUGUUUGUAAAGACAUAACUAUUUAACUAGCAGCAAAUUAGUGCUUGGAGCUGCAACAAGCGUGUUUUAUUCUGCGGCGGCUACGAGGCUCCAAGAGACAUCCAAUUUAAAAGCGUCGUAUACUUUUUAUGGCGCUACACCGCUCCUUUAAAAUGGGUUAUUACUUUUUAAUGGAGAAUAAUAGAGCUCUGUAACGAUGUUUACUUUCAUUUAAUGGACAUUGCGGGCAUGUUAUUUGUCUUGAAUAUUGAAGGCUUCAUUUUAAUACCUAGAGUACAUCUCGGCUACAUUUCUCGGCGGCGACGUCCAUGUUUUCGCUCUGAAGCAAUCGGAAACAAUUGACAAUCGACCUAGUUUCUAUUUGACACCUCGCCUCCCGGGACCCGCGCGCUCACGUCCACCGAACUUCUACUUCUUAUUGCCUCAGAGCGGAAAUAUUGUUGACCUCACGAGGCGUUACAAGCUUAUUUCGUUAGUACAUAAACAUAUAGCUUACAUACCUUGUUUUUGUAAAAAUAAGCCUGCAUUUUAAUUCAUAUUUGUGGUGCAGAUUUAUUUUUAUAAUUAAGUAUAAUCUUUUCGGCUAACCAAAGCUAGACAUUUGGCCGAAUAAUUCUUUAGAGAUGAGAAUAUCGUAUUACAGUUAAUAAGUAUUAGAAUUAUUUUCCUGGUAACAUUAUUAAGGUAAGGUAAGAGUAACGCACUGCUAUUUUAACCCAACGACUCUGAGUUCAGAAUGAAAUAGGUAACGGUAUUUUUCCAAACGGUCUUGGGUUGAAAUAUCAGUUAACAGCAGGUCCGACUUUUGAGUUAAUAAUUUACUUUGAAGGACGUCUAAAGGUUUUGUUCAAAAUAAGGUACCCGCAUUUAUACAAAUUCUUGACUCAAAAAUCGGGCACAAGUGAGAAAUAAUGUUGUGAGUGAUUUGUAAAGUGAUACAUUAAAAAAUCAAACAAGCAAAUGUUGAAAAUCUAAUAGCAUUGCUGUAACUUCCCAAGUUUUCAGAAUAAGACAAUUAUUAUUUUGAUUAUAAUCAUGAACGUAUUAUUUCCUGAAAACCGUUGCGAUGAAACCUACGUGACUACUUAAGCCUGAUAUACUUAAGCUGCAGAAUAUAGGCAGGCUUUCAACUUUUUACACCCAAAGUUAGAGUCUAUUUUAGAUCGCAGUUUAUUAAGUUAAAAGCUUGCUUCCCACUUCGCUUUUCAUUAGGUCUGUCACUCGAGUAUCAGCAUUAUUUGCACAGUAAUACGAGCUAACUCCAUCUUAAAGCUAAAGCGUUGCACGGGAUGCGAAUUUCGCUCUGCCCAAUUUUUAUAGUUCAGAGCGUAGCUGUAAGUUUUCUUAGUUUUCACUACUUUUUAAACGAAUUCUCUUUCCGCAAGAAAAAAUUUAUUUAAAUUUAAAACGUGAACACGGAAAAUGGCGCCGUUGCCACCAUCUCUUGUGUCUAUGGGUCACCUGCCAGACAUUAGACUGCAGCUUAAGUAUUGAUGCUGUUGCGAGACACAUUGCAUGUGGAUGCGCUUUGUGGUCGGUUGUAAAUGUAAGAUAACAAAGGUUUCUGCAAUGCGUGAAGGAAAUAAAUAAUGCUGAGAAAAUUUCUAAAGAAUGUGGUAAAUAGAUUUUAUUUUUACACGAAUGGUAUGAUAUGAUUAUAAAGCUAACCAGCUUUUAACUUUCAUGGAAAGUUAGAUAGUAUUUUCAAAAAUAUUUAAACAAACUAUAAGUGUUAUAAUCGGUAAUGUAAUCAUUGUUUUUACAGUAUUACGACCUAAAAUCAUUUUAAAACCUGAACUGAUCUGUAGUAUCUGUGACGCAGGAAGUUAGAAAUAGAAAGUGAAUAGAUAGAGAAAACAAUGAAAUAUUUUUCACCUGUGAAACCAACGUGUUUGAAUAGAAAUUGUUAUAAAUAUGUAGAAAUUUAGAUUUUCAAGUUAAUUCAUUUAAUAAGUUCAUGGAAACAACUGAGGAGUUCAUCAUUUUUAUUAAACUAUUACUAGUUAUUGUGUCAUCAAUGUGUAACGUAUACCUAUUACAAAAUAUAUAUUUUUAGUACAUAAAUGUGAAAGACGUGAAUAGCUUCGAUAUAAUAAUAUAUAUAUAAAUAAAU